UACUGUAAUGCUCUCCUGGAAAUCCUGAGCUGCCUGCUGACCGGACUUGGACUGAGUUGAGUUGCCUGCUGUAAAACUACAGAUGAGAAGCUCAGUAUUGUGUCCUCUUGCGCAGCCUCCUUGCUGGCAGCUCUUCUGAUGGAUAGAACCAGGACUCGGCAGUUCUCUUGAAAAGUGAGUUUUGUUCAGCUGGGGAAAUAAUUCCCCUGCAUCUUAAUAGCAUCUGCCAUGGACUCUUCGGUGAUCCUGCUGGAGAAGCAAGUCAGCAACGGGGGCCCCUACAGCUCUGAGCAGCCUGUGGAGAUGGAGGCCAAAUUGGAGCGGCCAGCAGAAGGAGAUGGCCUUCAUGUGACUAGUGUAAAUGACAGCAAAAUGCCAGCUGAAGGGGAAUGCCUUGUUCCAAACAGCAGCGAGGUGCCAUGUGCGAAUGGACCAGCAUCUCACUACCCUGUCUCUUCUGACCCCAACGGCAGCCCAUGUGGGGAAGUACCAGCUGCAGGUGUGCCCGGUUUCCAUGACAACCUAAAGUCGUCUCAGGGAGCUAGUGCUGAGGGCAUAGUGCUUAGGAAGGAAGCGUUGCAGUCCCUCAAACUAAGCCUCCCCAUGCAAGAAACUAAAUUGUGUUCAGCCGAUUCUUCUCUCCCUUUAGAGAAGGAAGAACAGAUCAGACUUCAGGCAAGAAGGCGCCUUGAAGAACAGCUCAAACAGUAUCGUGUAAAAAGGCACCAGGAGAGACAGUCUACAGCUAAAAGCCGCAACUCCAGUACCCUCGAUCCUGAGCUGAUGUUACAUCCAGAGACUUUGCCGAGGGCCAGCACUGUGUCUAUGACAAAAGAAUACUCAUUUUUGCGAACCAGCGUCCCGCGGGGACCAAAACUGGGAAGCCUGGGGCUUCCGACACAAUCAAAAGAAAGGAAAAGUUCUAAAUCUAACAGGUCAAGUAGGAUCCGGUCUCUGGCAGACUAUAGAACUGAAGACGCAGAGCGGCAUGUUCCACUUGAUUCACCAAGUGGCUCUCUGAAGCAGAAUCGAAGCAGCGUGACAUCUGUUGUGUCUGAGAUCAGGCUAACCCCUGAUCCGGAUGACCGGCUGGAGAAUUCCUCGCUGGCCGGAGACAGCAUCUCUGAUAUUGACGGAAGUGAAGUAGGAUUGAGGCUGGACGGCAAUGAGAGCGACAGUUCUACGUACAGUAGUUUAUCGGGAAGGGGGCCCUAUGGCACUUUGCUCAAUUCUGAAAGCAGGCAGGGCACUUCGCUGACUGUAAAUGGCCAGGAGGUCCCUUUGGAUGCAGUUGGACAGUUUCCUUCCAUCAGGGAAGUAUUGCAGGCUGCUGCUGCGACAGAGCACCAUCCCGACGAUCAGGAAGUCAAUGGGGAAGUGAGAAGCAGGAGGGACAGCAUUUCCAGCAGUAUAUCGAUGGAGAGUUCUAUCGCUGGCACGCAUGACGAAAUGUUGCAGGUCCUCAAAGAGAAGAUGCGUCUCGAAGGGCAGCUUGAAGCGCUGUCAUUGGAAGCCAAUGAGGCUCUCAAAGAAAAGACGGAACUGCAAACCCAGCUUGCUGCUUUGAACAUGAAGCUUCAGUCCCAGAUGGAGCACAGUCAGAGCAGCCAGCGGAAGCAAGACUCGCUGAACUCGGAGGUGGCCACUCUGAAGCAGUCUUGUUGGGACCUGGAAAGAGCCAUGGCGGAACUUCAGGCUGCCUUGGAGGCCAAGAACGCCAGCCUGGCUGCCUCCAACAACGACCUGCAGGUGGCAGAAGAGCAGUACCAAAGACUGAUGGGGAAGGUGGAAGACAUGCAGAAGAGUGUCCUCAGCAAGGAUAGCACAGUUCAUGAUCUCCGACAGCAGCUUUCUUCAUUGCAAAGUCAGCUCCAGCAGGUGCAACUGGACCGCACCACGUUGACCAAUAAGCUGAAGUCGUCUCAAACAGAGAUUGCGUCACUGCAGAAAGUGCGGCACUGGUACCAGCAGCAGCUGGUUGUGGCCCAGGAGGCAAGGGUUAGGCUGCAGAGUGAGAUGGCAAACAUACAGGCUGGUCAAAUGACCCAGGUGGGCAUGUUGGAACAUCUCAAGUUGGAGAACGUAACACUCUCUCAUCAGUUAACGGAGACUCAGCACAGGUCCAUCAAAGAGAAGGAGCGUAUAGCUACGCAGUUGCAAAAUAUUGAGGCUGACAUGUUAGACCAGGAGGCAGCCUUCUUGCAGAUCCAAGAGGCUAAGACCAUGGUGGAAGAGGACUUGCAAAGAAAACUGGAGGAGUUUGAGGAUGAGAAGGAGCAGCUUCAGAAAAUGGCGGAUUCUGCAGCAACAUUGGAGCAAGAGCUAGAGCAGCUGAAAUUGACAUUGCAUCAACGAGAUCUUCAGGUCGAGGCUUUGCAGCAGGAGCAGCUGGAGCUCAUGAAGCAGCUGACUUCCACCCAGGAGACUCUACAGACCCGAGAGCAGUCACUGGGCGACCUCCAGACACGUUAUGAUGAGCUGGAGGCCAGGCUGACGGAGUUGCAGGGGGAAGCCACCUCAAAAAACGAUGCUAUCCAAUAUUUGCAGAAUGAGAAGAUUGUCCUAGAGGUGGCUCUGCAGGUAGCAAAAGCCGGCAAAGAAGGGCUCAAGGAAGGAGUCCAACAUUUAGGAGAGAGCACUGAGGCGGCAUCAGAUGUUCUGGAGCAGCUGAGACAAGAAAUAGUUGUAAAGUCAAGCCAGGUAGAAAAUCUCCAGCUUGAGAGUGCCAGUCUCAAGAAGCAAACCCAGAAGGUCAAGGAGCAGUUCCUUCAGCAAAAGGUGAUGGUGGAAGCUUACCGGAGAGAUGCAAAUUCAAAGGAUCAGCUGAUCAGUGAACUGAAGUCCACCAAGAAGAGGCUGGACUCUGAAGUGAAAGAGUUAAGGCGGGAGCUGCUGCAGCUUCAGGGUGAAAAGAAAUCCGUGGAGGUUGAGAACUCGAGGUUGGGGAAGGAAGUGUCUCGAGUUCAGCAGCAGAUGGAGGAAUUGGAAAGCCAGUUGCAAGCAGUCCAAAGAGAGCGAGAUGACAUGGAGAGAGAGUUGCAGACUUUGCAGUUUGACAGAGAGCAGAUGUCUGCUCUAGCUGAAAUGAAUGAAGUAUUAAAACAGCAGGUUGAUGAAAUGCAGCAGGAAACCAAAAUGGCCUUUACUGAACAGAAGCAAAAAAUGAAACGACUGGGCUCAGAUUUGAGCACAGCACAGAAGGAGAUGAAAGCAAAACACAAAGCUUACGAGAAUGCAGUUGGGAUCCUCAGUCGCCGGCUACAGGAAGCCCUCUCAGCAAAAGAAUCGUCUGAAGCAGAGCUGGCCAAGUUGAAGGCACAAAUCUCUGACAGUGAAAACAGCCACGCUGGCCUAGAAAGGAUUCAGGCUCUGGAGACAGAACUGGAGGUUCUCGGCCACAGUAAGAUGGUUCUAGAAAAGGAACUGCAAGAAGUGAUCUCACUCACCAGCCAGGAACUGGAGGAGUACAGAGAGAAAGUCCUUGAACUUGAGGACGAGCUUCAGGAAGCCAGGGGCUUCCGGAAAAAGAUAAAGCGACUGGAAGAGAUGAACAAGAAGCUCUCCCUUGAGCUAGAGCAUGAACGCGGGAAGCUCACUGGUCUCGGCCAGUCCAACGCAGCUCUGCGGGAACACAACCGCAUCCUCGAAGCAGCACUAGCAAAGAGAGAGGCGGACCUGGUGCAGCUGAAUCUUCAGGUCCAGGCAGUUCUGAAGCGCAAAGAGGAGGAAGACCAGCAAAUGAAGCAACUAAUCCAAGCCUUGAAGAUGGCCUUGGAAAAGGAGAAGACAAAGGUCAACAGCCUUAAAGAACAGGUUGCAACAGUCAAAGUUGAGGCAGCGCAUAAUCGCCGUCAUUAUAAAGCAGCUGCCCUUGAACUUGGUGAGGUGAAACGAGAGCUGCAGGCCAAAGAAGUCCUCAUCCGGGCCCUUCAGGCUGAAGUGGACAAACUGCAAGUUGAAGAUGGGAAGCAUUCGGCAGAAGUAUCCCAGUUCCAGGAAGAGCUGGCAGAAGCUCGCUCCCAGCUUCAGCUCCUCCAGAAGCAGCUGGAUGAGCAACUUAGCAAGCAGCCUGCAGAAAACCAAGAGGUUGAAGAUCUCAAGUGGGAAGUGGAGCAGAAGGAGAGAGAAAUCCAAGCCCUGAAGCAGCAGUUGGACUUGACUGAGCAACGCAACCAGAAGGAGCUGGAAGGAGUACAAGCUGUUUUACAGAAUAUCAAGACAGAGUUGGAGAUGGUUCGGGAUGAUUUGUCCUUAACCCAAAAAGAUAAAAUCAUGCUUCAGGCAAAAGUGACUGAACUCAAGAAUGGCAUGAAGACUCUACUACAGCAGAACCAGCAACUGAAGCUGGACUUGAAGCAUGGAAAGAUGAAAAAGAGAAAAACACUGAAGGGAGAGUCAAAUCCUUCAAACCCGGUGACUCCAGUGAAGAUCCCUGACUGCCCCGUCCCUGCAGCUUUGCUGGAAGAGCUGCUGAAACCUUCAGCAGCUGUGAAUAAAGAGCCUUUGAAAAACCUCAACAGCUGCCUCCAGCAACUCAAGCAGGAGAUGGACAGCCUUCAGCGUCAGAUGGAAGAGCAUACGAUAACAGUCCAUGAAUCGAUGUCUUCAUGGACCCAGAUAGAAGGGCAACUAACGGACUUUACACCUAACUUUGCUGCAACUACGACGGGCAACCAGAGCCUCUCCGUUGUAGACCUAAAGGAUAAUAACCUAAGUGCUGGGGGAAACGAAGAGCUGAUGCAGUGACUUCGUCACCUGUUGCUUCACUUCACAGCUGUUUGAAAGACACACCCCUGAUUGAUAGAGACGACCAGUUCUUGGUGGCCAUGAAUCUCAAAACCACCGACUCUGAAGUAGUUCCAUUGCAUCAAUUGGGACUACUUCAAAGGAAAUAGAUUGAGGUUCCACAACCAAAGGCCAGUGGAGAGCUUUGAUUUCACUUUGGCAGAUGCAUUUUGCACCUUUUUGUUGUUGUUCCAGUCUUUUGAAGACUUCUCCAGUGCAGGGUGUAUAUAAAUACUUCAACUCUGUUCUUGUCCUGGAGUAUCUGUUUUUAAGUGGACUUACUCUGUAGGUUACAAAUCACCAGGGGUUGGGUUUUAUUUUUGCUUUGUUAAUCUUUUGCAUCUUAUAUUUUGGUUGGAAA